CAUGACGACAGAGAGUCAACAGCUCCCUCUGUGAGUAUUUGACAGAUGUUCGUUGAGGAUCAACCGCUCCAUCCAAAGUACCGGAGGAGGGAGAGCGGCGCCGUGUGCAAAACAUGUCGGGAGAAAAGGCGACGAGUCCGUGCAACAAAUUCCAGGCGAACAUAUUUAAUAAAAGUAAAUGUCAAAACUGCUUCAAGUCCCGCGAGCUGCAUCUGUUGACCGACCAUGGCAUGGAGCAGGCCAAACCGCUGUAUGGAGGCUGGCUGUGUUUGGCUCCUGAGGGGACAGACUUUGACAACCCGAUGCAGAAGUCGAGGAAAUGGCAGCGGCGCUUCUUCAUCCUGUAUGAAGACGGCAGCCUCAGCUUCGCCCUGGAUGAACUGGUAAGAAGCAAAAACAAAACACAUAAGGUAGCAGUGUACAGUCAGUCCUGCUCUGUAUCUGCAUUUACAGUAUGUUGGGAUCAAGCAUCUUUAGGCCAGAUGUCGUGUGCACAACCACAGCAGAUGAUUUGGGCUUAG